AUGGAUAGCUCAGCAGGAUCCCUUGAGAAGACCCAAAAGGGUCUCCAACACAAUGCGCCUCCUUCUCCCUCCCAUGCAGUCGGAGCCAUUCGUGCUGAUGGCAAGUGUACGGCGAAGAGAGGCCUUGGAAUUAACCAGAACAACCAUCCAGCCGUUGCUAGGUCAAGAAAUGCAGCAGCGGCAGAACCAUUAAAUAGUAAUGAGAUCACUCGUUGUUGCCCCAGCGAGCUUCCAUCCCAGGCAGGACGGAAACACGGCUUGAGAGGUAGCAGUAGGCAUACUGACGAGACGAAGGAUAACGACCUAGGAAGUGGGAUCCGGAAACAUGGCUUGGGGGGUAGCAAACUUGCUCGGGCAUCUACUACUGCUGCUACUAGAGAUGAGACGAAAGAUCCCGAUGACGUGGAUAUUGAAUGGUCACCAGAGCCGUUUGAGGACGAAAUCCAACCAGAGGAUAUCCCAACGACCACAGAUGAUGAUAGUGCUAUGGUUGGCUUGGCAGUAGCAUUGCCGGUGGAAAGUGGAGGGAAUUUAAUGACGGCAGAACCAGUCGAUCCGACAAAAGGCACGUCAACCAUGGCAAUAGAAGAAAAGGAUCGCUGGAACCGCAACUUUAUCGUCAUCCCUGGUAUCCUUAUUUUGGUGGUACUUUGUGCUGUGGCCAUCAUUCUGGCAAUUGUCUUUAGUAGUAGCAAGGACAACGGAAUCUCAUCAUCAGCAGUGGGCAGAGAAGACAACACGGCAACGACAAAUGGUACCAUUUCUUUGGACAGUAUGAACAACCAUUGGCCUCCUUCCAAAGAGGAAGAAGUUUUUCCAUUGCCCAACUACACUAGGCUGACAAUGGAGUACAACAUAGACUCGGCUCAGUCCAAAGCCUACAUGUGGCUGGCACAGGACCCCAAUCUCGAUAACUAUACCCGCUUCCGCAGGGAACAAAGGUUUGCAUUGGCUACUAUUUACUAUUCAAUGGAUGGUCAUCAGUGGGAGCGCAACAAUGGCUGGACGUCGUAUGAUGUUGACGAAUGCAUGUGGUAUUUUGCAGAACGCAAGACAAGUGGUUCUCCAUGUGUCUAUGGUAGCAUAUAUCGAGUAUUGUGGCUCCGGAAGAACCAGUUGAAAGGUACAAUUCCUCCGGAAUUGCAGCUCAUGAAUUGGCUGGCUGAUAUUCAAUUAGAAGACAAUCCAAUGAUAAAGGGGACUCUGCCCACAGAGCUGUUCCGGCUUCGUGACUUGCACACAAUCUGGAUUUGGGGCACGAGCAUUGAAGGUACUAUCCCCAGUGAAAUUGGUUCUGCCAGGAGAAUGUUCAUGUUCUUUUUUGACCGCACCAUGAUGGAAGGAAGCUUGCCAACGGAGAUUGGUCAUUUGUCAGAGCUGAUUCUUUUCAGUGGUGCCAAGACGCAGCUCACAGGAAUCGUGCCAAGUGCGCUUGGGCACUGCACAGAAAUGAAAAUCUUCGACCUGGCAGAACUUGGCGGCGAACUUGGCCUUUCUUCCACUCUGUAG